CGGCAAGCCCCAACCCCAUACCCCCGAUGCCUGCAGCGCGGCCCGCGCUGGAGAAGGACAUCUAGCAGAUGGCGAGACUUGGACAGUUACGAGAGAAGACGCUUCAUCUUGACUGGCAUAUCGGAUACUCUACAAACACAGCCAGUGCCACAAUCUGAACACAUCUUUGGGUUCCAAAAGGAAGACGCACCCUUUCACCGUGAACCCCCCUUAUCACUCUAGACAUUACCUCGAGACAGCAGUCCACCCAGGGACAUCCCUCCUCACAAACCAAAAUGUCGCCCAGCGCGCUUCCCGCCCAGAGGGCGUACAGCAUCGCCUCUAUGGGAGCUGAUGGCAUCGGCCCGGAGGUCAUCGAGGCCGGCGUCGAGGUCCUCAAGGCGCUCGCUGACACAUUGGGCACGUUCGAGUUGAACUUCACCGACUACCACUGGAGCUCCGAGACGUACAAGAAAACGGGCAAGUAUAUCCCGGACGGCGGCCUCGAGCAGCUCAAGAAGCACGACGCCAUCCUCUUCGGAGCCGUUGGUGCUCCCGAUGUCCCCGACCACAUCUCGCUCUGGGGGCUUCGUCUGGCCAUUUGCCAAUCUUUCCAGCAGUACGCCAACGUGCGGCCCACCCGCAUCCUCCGCGGCACCCAGUCGCCACUGCGGAACUGCGCCGAGGGCGACCUGGACUGGGUAAUCAUCCGCGAGAACAGCGAGGGCGAGUACGCUGGCCAGGGUGGGCGGUCGCACAGGGGGCUACCCUGGGAGACUGCCACUGAAGUGUCCAUUUUCACGCGCCACGGCGUUGAGCGUCUGAUCCGCUUCGCGUUCGAGACCGCUCGCAGCCGCCCGCGCAAGCUCCUGACGUUCGUGACUAAGAGCAACGCGCAGCGCAACGGGAUGGUGCUCUGGGACGAGGUUGUCUACGAGGUGGCCAGGGACUUCCCCGACAUCGCGCUCGACAAGAUGCUCGUCGACGCAAUGACGACGCGGAUGGUGCUCGACCCCAGGAGCCUCGACACCAUCGUCGCAACAAACCUGCACGCUGACAUUCUUUCCGACCUGGCCGCUGCGCUUGCCGGGUCGAUCGGCAUCGCGCCGACGAGCAACCUCGACCCCACGCGCGGGAACCCUUCGAUGUUCGAGCCCAUCCACGGGUCGGCGUUCGACAUCGCGGGCAAGGGCGUGGCGAACCCGGUGGCAACCUUCUGGACGGCGGCGGAGAUGCUCGAGUGGCUCGGCGAGAAGGAGGCGGCGGCGCAGCUGAUGGAGUGCGUCGAGAGCGUCACGGGAAGGGGCAUCGUGACUGCCGACCUCGGCGGCAAGGCGACGACGAAGGAUGUGACUGCCGCGGUCGUGGGCGAGAUCCAGGCCACUCUCGGGAAGAGCAAGGCCUAGUGAGAUACAAGGAAGGGAUGUCGGGUGAUGGGUGGUCUAAGAAGAGGGGAAGAAAGCACAGACAAGAUGGCAAUCGUUCGAUCCGACGAAGUCUACGAACGAGAUCCAGGAACAUUAUUGUCAAAAACAGAGGCUGCGGUGGUGGCAGCGGUAGCCGGUGGGCUCCCCGCCAAGAACAAGUAGAGAUCCAGUACGUUGCCUCGCUGCAUAAACCACGAGUUCAGGCAAAACAUCCCCCACAAGGCGGAUAGCUAGCGAAAAAGGAACGUCCCUUGAGCGACAGCUAGGCAAAGUUUCUUGGGGCCCAGGGCCCAGAUAGUGAAUCUUCGAAAGAUACACAUAAAUGCUAUUGUUAUAACAAAGAAGCCGGUGGUGGCGGAGGAGCAGGAGGAUAGGCAGUAUCCAGAAGAAAGACUCGCCGGAAAUAACCAGGCGAAGCAUGCCC